AUGGCUUCCUUACGCCCGUCGCCUCCCUCUCGUGCUCUCUUGGUGGAGCUCCAGUCCACGGCUGGGCUCCGCGCGGCCAAGUCACGUCUGGCACGAGCCUCUUUGGCCGGGCCGUCAUCGAAAACGGCUGCUAAGCGUCCACAGGCUGCAAGACAGCCCGCUUCACCGUCGCCUCCAUCGUCGCCAACGCCGUCACCGCCACUACCGUCACCUCCAUCGUCGCCCCAGAUACCAUCGCCUCUGUCGAAGUUGCUACCGUCGUCUGUUGGGUCUCCAGCGGUUUCUCUUGCUUCUGCUACUUCCGCUUCUCCGCUGCCUGCGUUAAACACCACGCCAUCAUCGCCUUUGGACGACGCUUCGGUGGCGUCAGAUGUCUCUGGCGAGUCGAUAUUAAAUCGCCUGAAGAAACUGCACUGUGGCCAGCUCUUCGGCAGCUCAGAUGAAGAAUCAGAGGAGGACGAGGGUCUGCGCGCGGCACGUCCGCCACCCCCUACUCCAUCAGCGAGUGGUCUGUUUGACGAUGACAGCGAAGAGGAGACUGAACCGGUUGAUAGGUUCAAUCGCCUGAGGCGAAGUACUGAUUCGGGCGACUGGCAUCCAAAUGAUUUGCCUCCUGUUCCGGCGAAGCAUCCUGCGAACGGCCGUGCUAAUCACUACGAUCCAACGGCACCUUGGAAUUACUCCGUUCCAGUUAACGUCGAGCAGCUCCACGAUGAUCGCGGCGAAUAUCCGCAUCGGUGUUUCCUCGUUGAGUGGCAAAUUACGCCUCUUCAGUUGAGCUGGGUGUGGGAGGAGCAGCUCGCCCAACGAUUCGCUCGUCGUAUGGAUCAGGUGAUGCAGUGGUGUAAAGAUCUGCGUCCUGGUGCAUUCGCCAAUUACUACAUGAAACAUUUCGCGCGUCAUGACCAGGCUUCUCCCGCUGUCGGCUGCUUCAUGGACGCAUUUCGCGCGGCGUUAUAUCAUCUUGGCGACCCUGGUCUUGCAUCCACGGCCACUGAACUAUGGAUGAACUUCGAGCGUGAUCAUCCAGGCACUGUCGACGGAGUUUCUCGAGCUGAAGCUACGGAGUUCUUUCGGAUUCUUCAGCGCAACGAUUUUCCGUUGGAUUAUGACCUUCUCUUCCAGAGUCCACUUGAUGCUUCCUACACGGAUGUGGAGCGGUUCCAGUCUUUUGUCCAAACACUGCGUGAGGGUGUGUAUCUCACGAGUGUUGGUGAUGGCCUCGUCGGACACUGCGUUGUUGUCCUCGCGAAGGGACCAGACGCUGCUGUCUCGGUACUGGAUGGAGUCGAACCGCCUGUGACUCCGGAGCCUUUGACGAACUUGGAGUAUCUCGACAAAGUCAAAUAG